UUGCAGGUAAAAUUAAUUGCUGACAGCACCGAUGUUGACAUAUUUAUACGAUUGAAUAUUGGAGGAACUCACUUUUUAAUUAGAACAGAAACUAUUUUAUGUAGAGGGACAGGCAAUGACCCCUUCCGAAUACCUUUAGCGGAUGCAUACCUGGAAAAUAAUAGAGAAUAUUAUUUCGAACGUUCACCUCUGCUUUUCAAUGUAAUCUAUCAAUUUUAUAUCACAGGUUUGAUCCAUCGACCCGAACAUUUGUGUACAAAAGAUUUAUUCGAUGAAUUGGAUUAUUGGUGUAUUCCACUAAAUAUGUAUUUAGCACCUUGUUGUUGCGACGAAGGAAUUAAUACAAAUAGUAAUAGUGUGGACAGAGAUCAAAUUGACCGCUUCAAAAAUUUAUAUAUGGGCAAAUAUCGUUUAAUUAUUUGGAAUCUUAUCGAAAAGCCAUCAAGAUCAGUUGCUGCUCAAAUAUUUGCCUCUCUGUCUGUCUUAUUUGUGCUUGUUUCAAUAUUGGGUCUAAUACUAAGCUCAAUACCUGAAUUCCAGCAUGCAUUUACACCUUUGAUCUUCGAUACACCCAAUUAUCAAUUAAACAAUUCAGAAAAUGCUUCAAUGAUAGAAACCGAGCCACUACCUUUGUUGGAUCACAUAGAACUAAUUUGUAUUAUAUGGUUUUUAUUUGAAUAUUUAUUAAAAAUGCUUGUUAGUUAUGAUCGUGUGAAGACAUUUCUACAAAUACUGAACAUCAUUGAUUUGCUUGCAAUUUUACCUUUUAUCAUUGAAAUGACUGUUAGUUUGAUUGGAUUCAACAUCAGAAAUAUACGGGAUCUCAAGGGGGUCUUCUUGGUGAUCCGUAUUAUGCGUGUUUCACGUGUAGUUCGAGUUCUGAAACUUGGUCGCUAUAGUGCUGGCUUGCAAAUGUUUGGGCAUACUUUGAAGGCAAGUUUCCGUCAGCUCUGUAUGAUGGCGAUGGUAGUUCUAACAGCUGUAAUAUUUUUCAGUACAUUGGUAUAUUUUAUUGAAAAGGACGUGGAAGGUAGUCAAUUUUAUUCAAUUCCAGCUGCUUCUUGGUGGUAA